AUGUCAUCCACACAAUUUAUAGAUAACCAUCCAUCUUUGAAUCUAGAUCCAGAAAAAGAACAAAGUCAAUCGCAAACUAAAGAUUCAGAUCCAGAUCCAGAUCCAGAUCAAUCUACAACUACAGCUCCAGAGCAAGAUCAAGACAAAGACAAAACUCCGAAAAUAACAGAAGAUUCAUUGCCCACUACAAAAGAGGGUCCAAAUCAUGUUGAUACUCCUGAGAUUAAAAUUCCAUUAGAUAUCAAUGAUAUAACUGGCCUACAAACAUAUUUAGAAUUACCUAGUUCGUUCACCUGGGAAGUUGCUAGAACACCAAUCCACUGGCUUACAAUAGAAUUAAAGAGAAGAGCAAAAACUACGAAAAACUUGUUGCUACCUUUCAGAUCACCUCAAGACAACACAAAUUUAGUUUAUCUAUUAACUAUCCUUUUCCCUAAUGAAUCUAUACCCGAUUCACAAUUGACAGAGAAGGAGAUAAUUGGUCAUAUAAAUAAAAAUAAUGUUUGGACUUUAAUACAAUGUUUAAAAUAUAUUUGGUGUAGAUUACCAAAUGGAGGUAUCUUACAUUACAAACAAUAUCUGAAAUUCAAGAAAGACGAACUGAGUAAUGAAUUACCAAAUGAUUCAUUCUUUAACAUCCUACCAAAGUAUUUAGAUGGUAAGGAUCAAGCCUCUAUUGUUUACGAUUUUUUUGAUUUAAUUAAAAUCAUCACCAGCAAUGGAUUUAUUACAAAUAUAAACUCUAUUGAUACUUGCAAAAUUUAUGGUAUUUGGUGUUUUGGUGGAUUAAAUGACUGCAUAUUUUAUUCGGGAGAAGAUACCGCAGAACACACUUCCAAGUCCGUAAAUAGCUCGAAUUCGCCUCUUGAGAUUGGCAUUGAAGGUUACUUCAAAAUAGCAAACGCUUUAUUCCAUCUUUAUUUAUCAUUCUUAAGACAUUUCACCAAAAAUGGGAUCAAAAAGACUUCAUCAAUUAAUAAUGAAUUGAAGAAACUUUUAAUAGAUUAUGAUUACCCACCAAUUGACUUUAAAAUUAAUUCAAAUUUAAUUACAAUACCAUUGGUACAAUUACACACUCCAGUGCCUUCAGAUGAUCUGUGGCAACUCUUGAAUAGAUGCAAGAUGAAUUUAAAUUUGAAUUUUGAUAACCCUGAUCUAUUCAAAUCAAGAGAAAAUUUCGCACUUUUAAAGAUUCUAUUCAAGAAUUUAAAAGAUAUUAAAGAUUUGAAUAAUUCUUUUACGGAAGAUACAGAAAACAAUGUGAAAAGCCUAACAACAAGACAUUCAACGUUAAACACGAAUUGGCCUCAUUCAAAAUACGUUUCAGAAAAAAAUACAAUUCAAUUCGAUGAUUAUUUACAAAUUAAAAAUGUUGAAAUUGAUAAAACUUUCUAUUGGAGUUGGCUAUCCACUCUAUCUAAUGAACAAUCUAAUAAGAAAAAAUCAUUAUUUGGUAGAUGUGUAUUAUUAGAAUUCAAUAUUUCCAAUAAUUUAAAUAAAUUUAUUUUUUUCGAAGAUACCCAAAUUAAUAAUAAAGAAGAACCCGAAAUUAAACCUUUAAAAGUUAAAAAAGAAUAUACUAAGCAUAGUUCAUUGAUAUCCCCUUCAAAUAUUGCAUCCUCUAAUUUAGACCCUAAACCAAUUAGUUCUAAAAGGCAUUCUUCAACCUCAACGAAAUCAACUCCAACUCCAAUAACUUCCAAUUCAAAAUCAAAUACCUCUAAUGAUACUUCCACCCCUAGUGUAAGAUCUCACCGUCGUAAAAACAGUCGUCGUCAUCAUAGUCAUAUUACUCCAAAAACUUCUAAUAGUUCAACUCAUACAGCAGACUCAUUAAGUAACGGCUUAACCAAUAAAAACUCAUCUAAUGAUACUGAAAGUUCCAAUGAAUCAAAUGCUGUUACACCACCUGCAAUGACUCCACAAAACACAGGUUCCGCUUUUUUUGUAUCACAAACUUUAGAUAAACCUUUUGGUUCUUCGAAUUCUACUACUCCUUUCCAAGGUUUUAAAAAAUUAGAUGCUAAAUAUGAUAAAUGGAAAAAUUUUACUAAUAAUUUCAAAGCUAAGAAAAAUAGUAAUUUUAGCAAUCUUUUGAGUAAUAAUAAUUCAAUUCAUACAGUAUCUGAUUUUAAUUUUUCCAUUCUGAAAAAUAAAAAUCCUACUAGCACUAAUACCAGUGCCAGUACUAGUACCAGUACUAAUAAUAAUGAUAAUAAAAGUACUCCAUUUUUCUACUCUUUUAAAAGUGAUCCAAAUACAAGUAGAGCUUCAUUUCUAAUCAAAGAUACUAACCUAAUGAAAAAAUCAAUCUCGUUGAAAAGUUUGAAUAAACAAGAGCUUAAGGCAAAAUUACAUCCAGUGGAUCCAGCUUUGAAGACUUCAAGUAUUUCUACAAAGCCAACUUUACCUAUUACCAUAAUACAAUUAAAUGGAGAUAUUAAUAAUACAAAACUUCCUAAUGGUGCCAAACUUACCUCAAGUACUAAAUUCACUAAUAGCACUAAAAUAUCAAGCAAUACUAAAGUAACUGGUAGUAUUCAAGACACAAGCACUAAGAGUGAAGAGACUACUAACAAGAGUACACGUAAAAGUUCACGUAUUCAUACACAGAGUGGUACCGCUGAUGUCAAUAGUACAAUUAGUGAAACCAAUAGUAGCCAUAAACAUCGUCACCAUCGUCAUUCUCAUAAAUCUGAUCCCUCAUCAAAAGCAAGAUCUCACAGACACCAUUCCCAUUCCAAUUCGAAUCACCAUUCUAAGUCACGUUCUAAUACUCAAUUUAAUAAUGUUCCAAAAUCAACUGUCAUUGAAGAAUUGGAAUUGAAAGAGUUAGAUGAUAAAAUUUUCAGUACUUUAAAUAAUGAGGAAGAUGACCAGGAUGUUAGAGACUUAAGGAGCGACAAUUCUAGUAUCUAUACAAUUAAUAACGAAGAAAAUACUUCGUUGAGAAAAGUUUCUACUUCCCAAAGCUCCAAAACUAAACAUUCUAAAGAUAGUUCAAAAAACACUACUGUUGAAAAUGAUGUAAAUUCUGAUAGUUUAUCUGUUUCCAUUCAAACCAUCACUGUAAAUAAAAGCAUUCUACACCCGUUAUCUAAUAAUAUUAUCCAAUCUUCCGAAGUACCACUAACUCCUCCACCAAUCCCAAAAAAGAUCCCAUUGAAUAAUAGUUCACCAUCUCUUUCUACUCCAUUCUCAACUCAAUCUCUCUUAGAUAAUAUUAAAGUACAACAGCAACAACAAUUUUCAGAUACCACAACACAAUUUUCAGAUACCACAACACAAUUUCCGAUUCCUGAACUUUCUCAAAAUACAAAUGUUCAAACUCAACUUACUCUCGCUAAUUUUCAAGACUCAGCUCCAGCUGUGCUGUUAGAUAAUAAUAAUAUUAAUCACACACCAAUAUUAUAUUCUAAAAAGGAAAAUAUACUAAUAGCUAGAGGAACUAUACCUGAAACUAAUGAAAAUAUUCCGCAGAAUAACUUUAAUCCCCAAACUAUUAUUGUAAAUUCUAAUGGUCCAAAAACAAUGGGAAAUUCCAGUAAUUUUAUUACUGAUAAUACCGCUUCCCAACAUAAUGUUCAAGGUUCAUCUGAAGAUAAUAUAUCUUCUCCAACUUCUUCAGUCUCCACUUCUUCUUUUGUUAGUACGAGUAUAACUCCAGUUACUCAUACUGACAACUAUAAUACACCAAUUACUCCAUUUAGUAAUGUUUUUAGUGAUAAUCAAGGUGAAACUUUUAAUAAUAUUGAUGUAAAAUUUUCAAAAACUAUUGCUUCCUCAAUUCCUGAGACUAAUACAUCUCCAACUAGGGAAUACCAGUAUCAAGGCACGAGAAAUGGAAGAAAUGAUAUAUUUGAAAGCAUAAUCACCCAAAUAGGUAGUAAUAAUACUGAUAAUAAGAUUCAAUCAAAUACGACAUUAGAUACACCAAUUCUAAAUAGUAAAUCAAGUUUGUCCCCUCCACCUCAACUCCCACUCUCUCCAUCAACUUUAAGCAAUAAUGGAACGAUGAAUUCAAAUUCACCUCGUCAAUCAAGAAAUUCAAUAUCUUCAAGUGAAAAUUCUGACACGAGUGGUAGUUAUAUAAGUUCUGGUGGUAUAACAGAUUACGACGAAGUAAUGCAAUCGCCAACAUCGAAUCCAUUUACAAUUCAUAUUUAA